AUGAAUGGAGCAAAAUGGCGGAUCAUGUGCAGUACCAUCCCCAUAUUGUUAGAAGCUUCCUCCUUGAGCCUGGCCCAACUAGAGAAUCUGUGCAAACAGCUGUAUGAAACAACAGAUACGACCACUCGACUUCAGGCAGAGAAAGCCUUGGUUGAAUUUACCAACAGCCCUGAUUGCCUGAGCAAGUGCCAGCUACUCCUUGAAAGAGGAAGUUCAUCUUACUCCCAGUUACUAGCAGCUACAUGCCUUACAAAGCUUGUAUCGCGCACAAAUAACCCUCUACCAUUGGAACAGCGGAUAGAUAUUCGGAACUAUGUGCUCAACUACCUUGCCACUCGGCCAAAGCUGGCCACUUUUGUGACGCAAGCACUUAUCCAGUUAUAUGCCAGGAUCACAAAGUUGGGCUGGUUUGACUGUCAGAAGGAUGAUUACGUCUUCAGAAAUGCAAUCACAGAUGUCACAAGGUUUUUACAGGAUAGUGUUGAAUACUGCAUCAUUGGUGUCACGAUUUUAUCGCAGCUAACCAAUGAAAUUAAUCAAGCAGACACCACCCAUCCUUUAACCAAGCACAGAAAAAUAGCCUCUUCUUUCCGAGAUUCAUCGUUAUUUGAUAUCUUCACGCUUUCGUGCAAUUUACUAAAACAGGCUUCUGGAAAGAAUCUGAACUUGAAUGAUGAAAGUCAGCAUGGCUUGCUGAUGCAACUGCUCAAGCUCACUCAUAACUGCCUGAACUUUGAUUUCAUCGGCACUUCCACCGACGAGUCCUCAGACGACCUGUGCACGGUACAGAUCCCCACCAGCUGGAGAUCAGCGUUCUUGGAUUCUUCAACUCUGCAGCUCUUUUUUGACCUCUAUCAUUCCAUCCCUCCUUCAUUUUCACCUCUGGUAUUAUCAUGCUUAGUGCAGAUCGCCUCGGUUAGAAGGUCCCUGUUCAACAAUGCAGAGAGGGCCAAGUUUCUCUCUCACCUUGUCGAUGGCGUUAAACGGAUCCUGGAGAACCCACAGAGUUUGUCAGACCCAAACAAUUACCAUGAGUUUUGCAGACUACUGGCCCGCUUGAAGAGUAACUAUCAACUGGGAGAAUUAGUGAAGGUGGAAAACUACCCCGAGGUCAUCCGAUUGAUAGCUAACUUCACGGUGACCAGCCUGCAGCAUUGGGAAUUUGCCCCAAAUAGCGUGCACUAUCUCCUGAGCCUAUGGCAGCGGCUGGCAGCCUCCGUGCCAUAUGUGAAAGCCACCGAACCCCACAUGCUGGAGACAUAUACUCCUGAGGUCACCAAAGCCUACAUCACAUCCCGUCUGGAAUCUGUGCACAUCAUACUCAGAGAUGGACUGGAAGACCCCCUGGAGGAUACAGGGCUGGUCCAGCAGCAGCUGGACCAGCUCUCCACCAUCGGGCGCUGUGAGUACGAGAAGACGUGCGCGCUGCUCGUGCAGCUGUUCGACCAGUCUGCCCAGUCCUACCAGGAGCUGCUCCAGAGUGCCAGCGCCAGCCCCAUGGACAUCGCGGUGCAGGAGGGAAGGCUGACGUGGCUGGUUUACAUCAUUGGUGCAGUGAUUGGUGGCCGGGUCUCUUUUGCCAGCACUGAUGAGCAGGAUGCUAUGGAUGGCGAGCUUGUCUGUCGGGUGCUCCAGCUGAUGAACCUAACAGACUCUCGCUUGGCUCAGGCGGGUAAUGAGAAACUAGAAUUGGCCAUGCUGAGCUUUUUUGAACAAUUUCGUAAGAUCUACAUUGGGGACCAGGUGCAGAAAUCCUCUAAGUUGUACCGCCGGCUCUCGGAGGUGCUGGGCCUGAAUGACGAGACCAUGGUCCUCAGCGUCUUCAUAGGGAAAAUCAUCACCAACCUGAAGUACUGGGGCCGUUGUGAACCUAUCACCUCCAAGACACUACAGCUUCUCAAUGACCUCUCCAUUGGAUAUCCUUUUCUAAGCUGUGUAAGGAAGCUAGUGAAGCUGAGUGCAGUACAGUUCAUGCUGAACAAUCACACGAGCGAGCACUUUUCAUUUUUGGGUAUUAACAAUCAGUCCAACCUGACAGACAUGCGGUGUCGAACUACCUUCUACACAGCACUUGGGCGUCUCCUCAUGGUGGAUUUAGGAGAGGAUGAAGACCAAUAUGAGCAGUUCAUGCUGCCACUCACAGCAGCGUUUGAAGCUGUGGCCCAGAUGUUUAGCACUAAUAGUUUCAACGAACAAGAGGCAAAGCGAACUCUAGUUGGCCUCGUAAGAGACCUGAGAGGGAUAGCUUUUGCCUUCAAUGCCAAGACCAGCUUCAUGAUGCUGUUCGAAUGGAUCUACCCCUCCUACAUGCCCAUCCUGCAGCGGGCCAUUGAGCUGUGGUACCAUGACCCAGCCUGCACUACACCUGUGCUCAAGCUGAUGGCGGAACUGGUCCACAACAGAUCCCAGCGACUCCAGUUUGAUGUCUCAUCCCCCAAUGGCAUCUUACUCUUCAGAGAAACCAGCAAGAUGAUAACAAUGUAUGGCAAUCGCAUCCUGACACUAGGAGAGGUCCCAAAGGAUCAGGUCUACGCACUGAAGCUCAAAGGCAUCUCCAUCUGUUUCUCCAUGCUGAAGGCUGCUCUCAGCGGGAGCUACGUCAAUUUUGGAGUCUUCCGUCUCUAUGGGGAUGACGCCCUGGACAAUGCUCUGCAGACCUUCAUCAAGCUGCUCCUGUCUAUCCCCCACAGUGACCUCCUGGAUUACCCCAAGCUCAGCCAGUCUUACUACUCACUACUGGAAGUCCUCACCCAGGACCACAUGAACUUUAUUGCAAGCCUGGAGCCUCAUGUCAUCAUGUAUAUUCUCUCUUCCAUUUCUGAAGGACUUACUGCACUCGACACCAUGGUAUGCACAGGUUGCUGCUCCUGCCUGGACCACAUCGUGACAUACCUCUUCAAGCAGCUUUCACGUAGCACCAAGAAGAGGACGACGCCCCUGACCCAGGAGAGCGACCGCUUCCUGCAUAUCAUGCAGCAGCAUCCAGAGAUGAUCCAGCAGAUGCUGUCAACGGUGCUGAAUAUCAUCAUCUUCGAAGACUGUAGGAACCAGUGGUCUAUGUCCCGACCCCUACUUGGCUUGAUACUACUUAAUGAAAAGUAUUUUUCUGACCUAAGGAACAGUAUCGUGAACAGCCAGCCACCAGAGAAGCAGCAGGCUAUGCAUCUGUGCUUUGAAAACUUGAUGGAAGGCAUUGAGCGAAACCUUCUAACGAAAAACAGAGACAGGUUCACCCAGAACCUGUCGGCAUUCCGUCGAGAAGUCAACGACUCGAUGAAGAAUUCCACGUAUGGAGUGAAUAGCAAUGAUAUGAUGAGCUGA